UGCUAGGCUAUGUCUGUAGCUUGAAAACCUUUUUGAAAAAUGAUACCCAGCAAUGAGCAUCACACGGCAGUACUUCACACUUUACAUCAUAUAUCGUAUGAUCUGACAACGUUACGGGUUUUAUUGGACAAUCUCAAGAAGAACUUUUUCGUGUGCGACGGAUAGCAUCAGAGAUCCUCCUCACAUCCUGAUGAUCUCUAGGCGGCAGGAUGCACUUUCCCUCACUAAGAACCCACAUGCACUACGGCAGGAAGAAGUGGCAACUCAUGAUCGGACUGAUCAGCUUCGUCCUCAUACAAGAGGAGAGAUACAUUCUCCAUCUAUCUGCAAGCCUUCGCUCCAUCUUGCCCCCAAUUUUGAUCCAUCUGGUCGAUCCAGAACAGACAGAGCGUGGCUGAACGGAUUCGACCCACUGAUUUCAGCAGACUUUCGACCUCUCUUGCGUUUGGGCCGCAGAUCAGACAUAUUGUUCUGACAACUCGUCUGCUAUGGCGCCCCCUUCGUGAAGUGACCGUCUCCAUUUUGAUACUGUCCACGAUCAAAUGAGGGACUUCUUCGAAUGAAGCCAGCGCCCGAAGAUCCGAAAAUCUCUGAACAUUGCCUAGGGGCUCAGUAUGCGGCAAAGCGGAGUUACUCAUGCGUCGUGUCGCUUACAAGUACGAGUAUAUUCGGUCUACUCCUCUCAAAGGCCCAUCUACCAGACAGAACCAAGCCAUGCUAACCGACGAUGCCCUUUGGACUCUGCAGUUUGUUCACUGAGGUGCCACCUUGAUGCAUUGGCUCUCGCAUGAAGUCUGCUCUUCUUCGGGCUUCUGAAGCUGGCAUUUUGGUUAGCUUAGCGUCAAAGGUGGAAGUGAAUGCAUGAGCCUCACGCAUUAGAGGGAGAAAUGACCCUCUUUUCGAGGCACGAGCUGUUCAGUGAUCAUGAGCGGUCAUUGAACGAGGGACAGUCCGCCAAGGAUCAGCACCAACAUGACGUGGCCGUCUUCUGAUCUACGGAUCUUAUUUCAAAAGCCUCAAUCGUUCAGCUUGACAGGUACCUUGCCAGCUAGAUUUGAUAGAAAGCACAAACCUCCCCAGGCAUUUGCAGUCUGUAGAGACCAGUCUUUGCGAGUGGGCCCUCCCUUUAUCAUCCUCCGCAAAACACUGCAAGUCCACAUGGACCCGAUGGGACAUCAUACCCAUCCUGGGGAGGGGGGGGGGCUUCUGGAAGGGCCGCAAUGAUAAUAAAUCCCUUUGCUCGCUCGCUUACCGCUUUGUGUGCAAAGAGCCGAUGCCCGAAGGGGGACGGACGAAUCUACGCAAUUACUCACCGCUACGGCACAUGGACAUGUAUACUUGUCGUAGGUGGCUUUUUUCACACACAGAAACCCGAACCCGAGAUGCAUCGUCCACGAGGAACUUCAGGCAGCCACCAAAUGGUGACUGAGCUCCUCCGUACAAGUCAACCAAUACAAGCCAGCCAGGUGGAAUGGCAUUUCCGCAAGAGGCGCAAACAAAUACGGCAAAUGACCCAAAGGAGAAGAAAAAACUGAGAGAUCAGUCCCACGAGGGGAACAAAAAUUGCAGGUCGUUACGAAUAGGUGACAGCGACAGCGACGGGGCCUCGAGUAGUGCGGAUUGUUGUUCCAAAAAACUCGGUAAAGAGACGACGCUACCACGGAUCUUUUUUCGUCUUUGAUUCGCAAAUCAAGAUGGGCAACGAACCCAUCAUGGCAUUUGUGGAUCUGUUUCCUACAUAUUGUAGGUAGCCCAUGCAAGAAGGAUGAAGCGAGAGAGUCCCAAAAAAAGAAGACCCGGCCUUUUUGGGGACGGUUGCAGUCUCGGGGUACUUGUUACCGUUACUGACUGAUCCGCCAUUUUGUCACUGGAACCAGGUCGUCGAUCAAGGGCCCCCAGGACUACGAGCAAGCGAACAACCCUGACUCGUGGCCUUUGCUCUUUUUGUGUCAGCAAUUUCAUGACUUUGCGGCACGUCUGUUUAGUGUAAGACUGGGAUCGGAAUCCACCGUCCACCGCGAACGCACACUAUCAUUUUCCGUAUUAGUGGUAUGUUUCUUCGGUGUGGUGGCCCAUCUUGUCUAGUCAUCUCGAUUCGAAAACCGUCGUUCCCCCCUCCCCCUCCCCCAAAAAAAAGGGUCCACGUACUUGUAAGAUGAAAAAAAAGGGCAACAUGACAUGAGAAACGCAUUGAAAAGAAAAAAGAGUGAGAGCAAAAUGCCGACGCGACGGAUGACGGCACGAGCAGAGCAGAAGACGCGCAACUCACCAUCUACCGUACUCGUCAAGUCGUAUUUUUCAAGACGCGCUUCGUUAAUGAGAGCUGGGGGGACCGAACGAAGAAAAAAAAAAUCCCCCUAACCCUCUCUUAGACUAGACCAGCAACCACUUUUUUUUGGUGUUGUAAGCAGACAUCAAUUAUGUUAUCCUCUGAUUUCCAUAAAUGGUAAUGUUCACGAGGCGUUUGAGGAUACAAGAAGAAGAAGAAGAAGAAGACGAUGAAGGGGUUACGAUGGUUAGAGUUUUAUAGUUUUAUAAACGGG